UUCAUGCCCAUCGGGAACAGUUCAGUCACCUGAAAUGCAAAACCCAAAGAAACCCUAACUACACCAUCUAUAUAAAGCUCAAAUCUCCCUCGUCCUUGCUUUCUGUUUCUCUUCAGCCGUCGAAAAUGUCGAAGCGAGGGCGUGGAGGUUCAGCUGGCAACAAGUUUAGGAUGUCACUGGGUCUGCCAGUGGCGGCUACAGUGAACUGUGCUGAUAACACUGGCGCUAAGAACUUAUACAUCAUUUCGGUGAAGGGAAUCAAGGGCCGUCUUAACCGAUUGCCAUCAGCUUGUGUUGGAGAUAUGGUAAUGGCUACUGUCAAGAAAGGGAAGCCUGAUCUUAGGAAGAAGGUCUUGCCUGCUGUCAUUGUGAGACAGCGCAAGCCCUGGCGCAGAAAGGAUGGUGUUUACAUGUACUUUGAAGAUAAUGCUGGUGUCAUUGUGAACCCAAAGGGAGAAAUGAAAGGUUCUGCUAUAACUGGUCCAAUUGGAAAAGAGUGUGCUGAUCUAUGGCCAAGGAUUGCAAGUGCAGCUAAUGCCAUUGUUUAGGAACUCACAUUUUAGUCAUUGUGUUUCUCUGCAUGGGACUAAUAUAGUUUUCUGGAUCAAGAUUUUGUUUAUUUUUAUUUUUCCUUCAGAACAUCAUUUGGAUGGUAUCUUUUGAUUUGAUCUUGAUUUUGGAGGUAAAUUGUAGUUUGUGGAGAGAUUUUUUAAUGUUUACUGGUGUUUUCAUUUUCUAAA